CCUAACAAGAAAAUUAAUCUCUCUUUUGAAGUUGAAACAUCAUAACUAUCAUUGUGUAACAUCUGAAAUCAAUCGAUGGGAAGGUCACCAUGCUGUGAUGAGAGUAGCGGUAAUGUAAAGAAAGGGCCAUGGACACCAGAAGAGGAUGAGAAGCUGAUUGAUUACAUAAAGAAACACGGUCAUGGAAGUUGGAGAUCACUUUCAAAGCGUGCUGGUCUCAACAGAUGCGGUAAGAGCUGCAGGCUCAGGUGGGCUAACUACCUUCGUCCCGAUAUCAAGAGAGGCAAAUUCACCCCAGACGAGGAGAGGAUCAUCGUCAACCUUCAUUCUCUUCUUGGAAACAAGUGGUCAAAGAUUGCAAGCCAUCUUCCGGGAAGAACUGAUAAUGAGAUAAAAAAUUUCUGGAACACUCACAUAAGGAAGAAGCUUCUGCAGAUGGGUAUUGAUCCAGAGACACACAAGCCAAGGACUGAUUUCAAUCACCUCAUCAAUCUCACACACUUGCUUGCAGCAGCCAUAUCCUCCAAUUCAGGGAAUCCUAUGAUGAAUAUGAACACUAUUACUUGGGGGAGAAACCCUAAUAUUGCUCUACAAGGAGAUGUUACUUCUCAAUUAUCCCAACUACAAAUGUUGCAAAAUCUGUUGCAAAUUAUGAACAGCAAUACAUUUGUUAAUCUGGGGAAUAACCCUAAUUUCCCCUUAGGAAACCCCAGCUUCAAUAAUUCUUAUCUUAACGGGUCAAACAUCCUUCAAACUGUAGAACCUUUUGCUGGAUUGAAAAGUGAAGAAUAUGGAUCACAAUCAAACCCUACUACUGGUCUAUUAUCUCAAUCAGACAACAGUAGUGACUUCUUUCAACAUGGAUUGUCAACAAAUACACAAGAGCUUGAAUGCUAUAACAAACUCAGCAACACUACUAAUCAAGCAGAGAUUAAUCCACUGUUUCCUGCAUUAGUAGCAUCCUCUCCAGUAAUUACUGAUGGAACCUGCAGCAGCUUCAACCAGAUGGAGAAUAACAAUAGUAGCUGUUGCAACACAGCUCCAACAUCCACAGCACAGUCACCUAAUAAUAAUUCCAACACAAUCUUUGAUGAUUUGGAGAAGCUCCUUCAGGAUGAUGAAACAUCUGCCUCCUACUGGAAAGAUAUUCUAGACUUGACAUCAAUAUGUGCCUCAGAGAAUUCGUGGUAGAUGGAAGGAAUCAUCAUUCAGUCUCAGAAAAAUCAAUUUACAAUUUUGAAAAAAAAAUUAUGCAUAUAUAAUUUAUUUAUUCAUUCAUUAUUUUUUUAUUCCAAAUAAUUGUAGUUUGUAUGCACAAAACCAAGAAAAAUACACAUGCAUA